AUGUUUGGUGGAAAUAUAACUUUAUUCAAUGAUUUGCAUCCAGAAAACAGAGAAUUAGAUAAUGUCAGAAGAUUAUCACAAUUCGAAAAAUCUGCACUCGUCAAUGAUGACUUGGCAAAAACCCAACUGCCAAUGUUCUCGAUGAGACUCCAGCUCUCGAAUCGGAGUGUCUUGAUGUUCUGGCGACAUGGGAAGAAAGAACUAUCAUCGGCUUUGCUACCACCAAGAAUGUUGACAACACUUCGCUUGAUAACAACAUCACCUGAAACUGUGCUCGGAACGCGUCGGAUGAUCUUGAACUCAUCUGAAUCGUACUCAAUACCUGUUGAAGGAUCUUCAUAG